ACAAGAAGGAAAAGACACAUGAACUGUCCUCAGCAAUUGCAGAAGAGCCUGAGCCUGUUCCGAGCGUUCUGCAAGGAGAUGACAUCCAGGCACUUGCAAUUAAGGUGGAGGACCUGGCCAAACUCCAUGCUCCACACCUUCCCCGCAAUGCUGGGGGAAUUCCAGUUAGGAGGAAAUACCUCGUUCGAAAAUAUCCACCCAAAGAGACAAAGAAGGUGGCAGAUCUCCUCGUAGCAUAUCCUGCUUUCCCAAAGGUGCCCAGGGAACCAGUGACUUUUUCUGGUAGGGUCAAACUUCACAUCUUUUCUUUGGGCUUUGGUUUUGCUAAGCUGAGCUUUAGUGACACCUGGCUCUGGGGUUGGUCUUUGGUAUUUGUGUGUGCUGUAGGACCAGGGCUGUUUGGUGAUGGCUGUGAAGAGAUUCUCCCCCAUCACAUUUUGGGAAGUCUCCAGGAGUUCAAGAUGGAAGCCUUGGCUAGAGGAAACACUCAGAUAGCAGAUUUUAUUGGCGUUUCUCAACCAGAUGUUGCUGCAGCAGCUUUAAAAGAGCAACAUGGAGGAGAGAAGAAGAAAAAAGUUCACACCCCACCAGCAGAGCACAAAGCUCUCCAGAACUGGCACCGUAAUAUGGCCAUCAGGAAAAAGCAGGAGAAGUAUCUGGGAGAAAUUCUUCAGAGGCCAGCGAAUGAAUUGCUGAUGAGCAUCUCGGAGGAUUACAGGCAGAUCCAGGAAGAACGGGACCUCAUUGACCGGAGUCUCCCUGCCCUGCUUCCCGGAAAGGGCUACGGAAGAGGAAGUGAGUUCUGGAGCCAGCCCGAGCGUAUCGGAGAUGAACUCACCGGCCUGACGAUGACACUGACUCAGAGGGAACGUGGCUGCCCAGAGCCAGUCACUCACGUGGGGAAACCCCGCACUGUCCGGAUGGAAGUGGGUCUGAAGCCUCCAAAGAGGAUCCCUUUCCAUCUAACCUGGGAUAAGAGUCUUUUCCUGAAACAUCGACGGCAGGAGCUAAAAUCUGUCCUGGAGGAGCUAGAUUUUUACAAGCCGGAUCUGGAUGGGCUGGAGGUGAUUGGUAAAGGGCAGCCUUUCACGUCUGUCUCAACAGAGCCUUUUCCACGUUCCACCACUUCUGAGGAGUCUGAGACCCUCAGUGACUCCUUAAGUGACCACCCCGCUGUGGUUCCAGAGGCAGUACUGGGUCCAUCUCUGGAUUUCUGUGGCCAGCCUGCUCGUUGGAUCGACUGCACCACUUCUGGCAGGGAUGAGAUUGGCAUUGCGGCCCGGCUCACCUUUGAGACUUUGGCUGGUGAGAAAGCUGAAAGCUCCCUGACGGUGAGCAAUGACGGCACAGCUGCCAUCUGGUACAACUGGGAGAGGCUCCCCCAGCAGAUUCCCUCCAGAGAAACCAAGGGGAAGAGGAUGCCGUGUUUCUACUUUGAUACCAGAGCAGGUGUAAUUUUGCCUGGGGAAACUAGAAAGUUUUCCUUCCUUUUCAAGUCAGAGAGAGCAGGCAUUUUCAGCGAGUCCUGGGAAUUUAGGACACAUCCUCUGUUAUUAGGAGGAGCUCUGCUGCAGGUGACCCUUUGGGGAAUUGCUGUGUAUGAGGAUAAAUUGGCUGACCUCAGAGAGGAACUGGAGAGUGACCUGGCCGCUCGAGAAGGUGCUACUAUAGCAGAAGAGAUUCUCAAGGAACUUCUUGUCCGAAUUCGGACCCCAGAGCGCACCCCAUCUCCUGCGGAUGCCUGUGUCACAGAGGAAGAGCUCUUCCACCACAAGAAUCCCGAGCUGCGCUAUCAGCACCGAGUGGUAAAGCAGCUGCACGACCUGUGGCGACAGCACGUGACUGUUCCUUCAGCCUGGGAGGAGAAAGCGCCCUCGGGCCCCAAGAGCGCUGCGGAGGGCACGCAGCACCAGGAGGGUCCCCCAGGGGCUCUCCCUGCUCGGAGCAGCACCCCGGAGGUCCCGGGUUGGAAGAACGCACCUGAGGAGGCGCCGAGACAAAUGACGAACGGGGAGAAGGAAGGACUAGGGCCCUCAGGAUGGAACUUCUCCUUCGAGGACUUGAAGCAGGCUAUAAAGUCGAUCCCCGAGGAGGAGCAGCGAGAGGCAGCACUGACCCAGCUCAACAGGGCAGCGCUGGAGCUGUGUGUUGAGCAGAUGCCAACGCAGUCAGACCUUUUGUACCAAACCUGUCUCCAGCUGUGGCGUGAAACAAUUGAUGGUCUGGUGAGUCACGCUCUGAGGCUGAGAUCCCUGCUUGGCUUGCCUGAGAAGGACCCCUAUGUAGAUGCUGUUCCAGGGGAAACAGUGGAAGUAAAGCAACCCAUAAAAGGAGGAAAGGAAGACAGAAUAACCACUAGGAAAGAAGAGAGAAGGUCGUUUGGUGGUAAGGAUAAAGAAGGCAAAAAAAGAACAACAAAGACAGCAGGGAAGGAGAAAGAGGUAUAUGUGGGCAUGGCCCAGCAGGAAGUUAAAGAUGAGAAAAAGCUGAAAUCUUCUACUUUGUGGCAGGAGGUGAAAGAGGGGGCACAGCCUGUGGAAGCUGGAACUACAGAUAGAGUAGAACCUCCUCAGGAGCAGGUGGACGCUACUUUGUUUGGGACGUACCAGGAAAAACUUUAUAUUGAAGUUUACGGGCUGCUGGAUUCGAUGGUGAGCAAAAUGGUUUCUUUAUUUGAGGAACUAAAGAAAAAAGGUGCUCUAAA